AUGCCGCCGCUCUACUCCAACCUCCCCCAUUCGGCCGCGCGAGACUCGCUUGAAUUAGCCUCGCUGGCAAGCUCCAGCGGGGGCACCGACGCGACCGAGACCGAUUCGCGCCCAAGUAUCUCGUCGUCUCGACGGGCCUCUCUCGAGCGCGACGACCCACUCGACAGCGGCAACCCGGCAGUGGCGCACAGCAGCAGCAGCACCGGCGGUGGUGGUGGCGGUCGGCCCGGGUACCAUGGCCGGUCCUUCUCGGUAUCCUCGACCUUCGAGUUCGCGGCGAACCUCUUCCCGCUGUCGAGCACGGCCGGGGUAGGGCCGGGGGGAUAUGCACCGCUCGGGGCGCCCAUGUCGGCCGGCCUCUCGACUGGCGGACUGGGCGGUGCGUCGCUGGAGAAGCACAAGACCCUGACGUAUCUGAACGGGCUAUCGUUGAUUGUCGGGCUGAUCAUCGGGUCGGGCAUCUUCUCGUCGCCGAGUCAGGUGAAUUCAAACGUCGGGUCGCCAGGCGCGGCGCUGAUCGUGUGGGUUGUCGCAGGCAUACUGGCGUGGACGGGCGCGGCGAGCUAUGCCGAGCUGGGAGGGGCUAUACCGCUGAAUGGGGGCCCGCAGGUAUAUCUGUCCAAGAUAUUUGGGGAGCUGGCGGGGUUCCUCUUUACGUGGGUUGCAGUGCUGGUGCUCAAACCCGGCAGUGCGGCCAUCAUCGCCAUCAUCAUGGGCGAGUACCUGGUUCGGGCGGCCAUCGGGGCGGAGGCGGAGACGAUCAACCCCUGGAUCAACAAGUCGGUUGCACUGGUGGGGUUGGCGGUGGUUACGUUUUCGAACUGCGUCUCAACGCGGCUGGGGACGCGCAUAAACGACAUGCUCAUGUUUCUGAAGUUUGUUGCAUUGCUCGGCGUUACGAUUAUCGGGGUUGUGGUUGCCAUCACGGGGUACUCUGCUACAGGCACGGCGAAUCGGGAAUGGAAGGAUCAUACAUGGCUCGAGGGCACCAAAAUGGAUGCAUCGGCUUGGGCGGUGGCAUUGUAUGCGGGAUUGUGGGCGUUUGAUGGGUGGGAUAAUACAAACUACGUAGUAGGAGAAUUCCGCAACCCGUCGCGGGACCUGCCGCGGGUAAUCCACACGGCGAUGCCGCUCGUCAUCGCAAGUUACCUCCUCGCGAAUGUCGCUUACUUCCUCGUCCUCCCGCUUGACACCAUCAACUCUUCCAACACGGUUGCCGUCAUGUUCGGCGCCAAAGUAUUCGGCCCCGUCGGCGCGCUGAUCCUGGCUCUGAUCGUCUCGGCAUCCUGCUUCGGCGCACUGAACAGCUCCACGUUCACCAGCAGCCGCCUGGUCUACGUCGCCGGCAAGGAAGGCUAUAUCCCCUCCCUCUUCGGCCGUCUGGGCACGGGGACGGGAAACCCCGGCGGUGAACCGCAUUCCCUAUCCACGCUACGCACCCGCUCGUGGAUCAAGAGGAAGCUGGCCUCGCUCGUAGGCGACGAAGACACGGGCCUGUUCUUCACGCCGAUCCCCGCGCUCGUGCUCAACGCGCUGCUCACGACGGCCUACAUCCUGGUCGGCGAGUUCGGCACGCUGGUGACCUUCUACGGCGUCGCCGGGUAUACCUUCUACUUCCUCACCGUGCUGGGGCUGAUCGUGCUGCGCGUGCGCGAGCCGAAUCUCGAGCGCCCCUACCGCACGUGGAUCACCACGCCCAUCAUCUUCUGCUGCGUCAGCCUGUUCCUGCUGAGCCGGGCCGUCUUUGCGCAGCCAUUGCAGACGCUGAUCGUGGUGGCGUUUGUGGUCGCGGGCGUGCCGGUGUAUUUCUGGCGGGUCAGGGGAAGGGGAAGGGGCAGGGGCAGGGCCGAUGUUAGGGCAAAAAGGGAAGAGGGCGGGGAUGGAGACGGGAGGCGGUGGUGGAAGUUUUGGCAGAGGAGGUAG